CGUUAUUUCAGGAUACUGAAUUGUUUCAACUGUCCUGUGUAAAUAAUUACGAAAAAUACAAUAAAAAUUUGCAUAGUCUGAUUAUUAUAAAUGUUUUACAUUUUUACGAUCAAGAUUAUACUUAUUUUAUUAACAUAAAAAGGCGGUUAAAUAUCUCACUGUUAUCCAGUUGGUGGCGGUAUUGCAUGUAAUAGCUGGUUGUUCGUGCAGCAAAUAACACUAGAGAAGAAGUGGACCGGAAAUGUGCUCCGUUGCUGAGCAUGUCAACAUGGAGGGCAACAUUAUUCAGGAGCCAACAACGCAUCAGCAACUGGAAUGCAUAGUCAACCGCUGGCUAGUGGAUUAUUAUUUUUUCUUGGCUAUAGACGCCGUAAGGAAUGACAAAUAUUCCGAAUUUUGUGAGGUCAGAGACGUCUUGGAACGUCUACUUCACCGUCCAUUAGAGUGUACAAAAGCAAUUCCGUCGAAGAUUCGAGUUCUCCAGUUUCUCUCGAGGAUAAAUGACGGCGAGAAACUAGAUAUGGUCUUCGAAUCUGAUGACUCUGUCUCUCCUCUGGAGUCGGCUGUAGAGGUGCUAAGAAACCUCAGUGAUAAAUGCAGUAUUUCUCAGGAAGUCAUUGAGAAAGUGUGCACUUCCAUCAAAGAGAUGUUGGUGGUGAUUUGCCUGAAGAACGGAGAGUUUGAGAAGGCGAAGGAAAUUCUCACGAAACAUUUUUCCUGUGGGAUGAUGGGGAAGAAAGCAAUAUUAAUGGGGUUGGCCAAUCAGAAGGUCAAAAGCCACGACAUUCUAGAGCAGACCAACUUCAAGAAGUUCAAGGAGGACAUGGUGAAUUUUACCGUGCAACUCUUCCCCACGUCUGAGCCGUUCCUUUACAAGGCUGCAAAGCAACUUGUGGAGAAGCGGCUGGUGGACCUAGGAGAGUCCAACCAGGGGGAUUCUGCGUUGGAGGAGGAGGCCUACCUGGCAAACACCUCAAAGGACAACACAGCGGUCUGCCUGAUCUCAGGAUUAGCCGAUCAAGACCAAUUCAUCGAGAAGUAUAGACUGAUGGCAGCGUACACAGCGUUAUCGAAGAACUCAAAUGAGACAAACUGGGAGCGCGUCUCCCAGGACCACAUCAAGGACCACCCUGGCAGCGACACAGUAUUCUGCGAUGCACAGUUGCGACCAGGGAGGAUCUCCCGGGUGGACUCGGGCAGCCCCAGGGAUGCCUGUGUGGUGGGCAAGCCGCCAGCGACUGAAUCCCCGUCCAAGAGCCAUUCCCCUUCAUCACGGGGGCCCGGCGUCAGGCAGAGGCCCCGGCGCUUGUAUAGUGUGGCCCAGCUGGUACAGGAGUCUGACAGCCAGGUCAGCACUCAGGAACUGGACGCAGAAAUUGACUCGCCAAGAGUGGAGGUGGAGUCACGUGCAGCGGAAGGGUCUCUGCUAGAAUCAACCCAUAAGAAGAGGCGGGUGACGUUGACUCCUAAAUCGCCACAGGAGCUGCAGAGAUGGGCGGCAGCAUCAUCGGAGGACAGCAACUCGGAUAUUUGCAGGUCCCCACCAUCUACCGAGUCCCGUGGCGACAAUGAAGAGGAUCAUUUGGCUAUCAUAAACUCUUCCGGCCCAACACCUCAGAAGACUGCGAAGACAAAGGGAAAACUACUGGACAGUGCAAGGGAGUCAAAGGAAAUAUGGAGCGAAGAGGAGUCUCUGUUUAUCUCAAAGAAAGCGCCGAAAAACGACAUGUAUUCGGGGUCAAACAGCAAAAAGUCCUGGUCAGAGGAGGAGAGCAACAUUUUAAAAGAAGCAGUAGCCAGGUUUGGUGAGGGAAAUUGGGCAAAGAUCAUGGGAAAAUACAAGUUUGAAAACAGAACAAAUGUCAACUUAAAGGACAGAUGGAGAACAAUGAAAAGGUUGAAGUUGGUGUGAACAGAAAAGCUCACUUUAUGAAUAUAAGAAAUUUGUUCCUGUUUUUAAAUCGUUUGCGCUGCAGAAACAAGGAUAUUUAACCUACGACAGUUCCGUUCUGAAGUCAAAAUUGAUUACUUUAUUUUUUACAAAAGAUGAGACUUAAUUGAGGAAAGGUACAGAAGUGGCACUGGAUAGAGAAUGAGGGGGAAGUCAUGUUAACGCAGGUCAAGAAGGAGUCGAAUAGAUUUUAUGUCAAUGUAUCCUCGUUCCUGAUAAACUCUCCCACGUCCGCUUGGUGGAACACCACGAUAGACAUGGGAUCCAUCCGCCGGCACUCCUGCGUCGUCUUGGCUGCCACACCAAAACCCUGGGGGGGGGGGGGGGGGGGGGGGAAGGAAAGUACCAUGUUACCUUUAUGAUUAACAGACCAGCUGACUUGGCUGGAUACUUUUUUCUGAUUUAAUGUCUUAUACCAACAUCUUGCAUAAAACUACACGGUAUGUGGAACCAAGUACAGUUGUCACUGAAUCCAGUUUACAUGCUCGAGCCUACAAACCAAUUUAGGUAGUGAGCGCAUCCAGGACCCGAUCCAAGUACGUUUGACCAGUGACGACCACGAUAAUGCAUCCCCACCUUACAUUGUCCCCAGGCUUUCACAUUUCAUAACAAUGUCUGGAACAGUAGGUGCCCAAUUAGUUCUUUGCGAGUGAGGCAACACUUUGUUACAUGGGUUGGACAGCUGGAGGAGGCGGGAGAAUGCUUUGGAGGGAGACUUGUGUAUCAUUGUUUACUGUCAAUUUCUUCAUUAAAAUACUUUCCAUAUUCUCCUCGUCAUAGCUGUAAUUCUAGUCAUGUUCUUAUUCUCACGUAUACACAGCUCAUAGGAAUUACGUUGUGGGAGACAAGAAAAAGCAACUAUUCAUUAACGGUGUGAUCGUUUGAUACUUAGACUCCGGUUCAGAAUUCAACCUGUGCAGGCUGGAGCUUUUCCAUUUUUAAGUAAUUUACAUUUGGGGUAUUUAGCAGACGCUUUUAUCCAAAACGACUUACAAUAAGUACAUUUGUCAUAAGAAGUGAAACAAUAUAUUGCUGUAGGUACAGUAAAGAUGUUCGUAGAGCCAAGUGCAAGUACUAACAACCGCUAGGCUAACCCAUUCCCCGUGUACAGCAAUGCUAGCAGCUACUGCAGAUGUUAGACAAUUAAGUACUUUGAAUAAGUGCAAUGUAGAUUAAGUGCGUACAUUAAGUGCCAGGAUGUACAACAUACAAUGGUCAUGCAGGCUACUAUUCAGUCUUGAGAAAUUAGAACAAACAAGUGGUGUCCUCCCACGGUAGCCCAACUCACCAGGGGCACGUCUGCCAUGGAGUAGACCACUACACCCUGGUACUGAUUUGUGUUCUCCGUAAUCCUUCCCAGUCCGGACUUCAACACAUGGUUUCCAUAGAGGAACGACUGCUCCGUUCCUGGUUUCACCCAGACCUUGAACUAAAAAGGUAUUGUAAUGUUUAGCAGGAAAAAUGUAUACUAAUCUAUAGGUUUGGGAACAGACCAAAUAUACAGGUAUUUUGUGGUACAAAAUGUGUCUACAAAUACUUCUACCAAGUUGAUAUAAAAUAACUUUAAUGGUGUUUGGCAGGACACAAUUAAAUCAGUAUAAAAUAGGUUGAAAGACAAAUUUAACAAAAAAUAGGCAUUUCGCAAUACAAAAUUAUGAAUAAGCAUAAUUCUACCAAAUUGAGGUAACCUGUAGUUCAUACUAAUUAAUUCAAUAAGGCAUUCGAGUAAAAUAAGCCAGUAACAAUACUGCCACCAAGUUGAAGUUGGCCCUCUGAAUCAAUAACUUUCGUUUCACAAGGAGUCAUGAUUUAACCGUUUUAGCUUAGUGCUUAGAAGAUAUAAUACAAUAGGUCAAAUUGGCUGGCUACCUUUGCAUAUGGUGCGAGGAAAUCCAAAGCUGUGAUGUGCAGACGGAACUUUCCAGUCUUCGUGAAUUUACCAAAGCAGGUUCCAACAGAGACAAGCUUGUCUCGGGCAACGUUUGUAGCCAAUUUGAGGAUUUUCUCACUGUUGGGGUUCAGAUGAAAUAACAUUAUGAUUUGCUGCAACUUCAAUUUUUCAACCAAUGCGUGUAGCAGUAACAAGUGAUUGCAAAGUAAAUGUUUACCUCAUGUAGUACACACGGUCGUUGUGUAGUCUGAAACAGUAAACCCCAUCAGGCCGAUCUACAAGGAGUUUGAUGUUUUCACCAAUGCUGUUGAAGAGAGGCAUGCAUUUAAACCACUGUUAGCGAAUAAGUAACAAGGUAGUCUGACUAAUUGCAUUCAAGUUUAAAGUAGCUAUUAUGUCCCACUCACUAUUUCGAAAGCUUCUCAAACAUAGUUUUUGUCUCUUCAUCCGUCAACGGCCUCAUGAUGAUACUUGAUUUGAAUUGUCUUCUUCUAACGCGAUCAGAACCCUUUGCAUGUGCUAACCUAAACACGUGGGUCACA